ACACACACACACACACACACACACACACAAAGGCACACAUGAGCCAGGGAGCAUGGGCAGCAGGGUCACCCCAGCGCCAUGCUUCAUAAAGAGCGCUGUUACAAUAGGUUUACUGUUACUCUGACGAUAGCUGGGAUACAAUGAGACUAACGGUGCUGGCCUGAUUUCUGUCCAUUUUUUACUUGGCUGCGAGAGAGAAAGACUGAGACUGGACAGCAUGUUAUCAGCGGACAGCAAUGGAGUAACCUCACGGACUCAUGUGGUUUCUACUGCUGAUCCCGGUUCUCCGGUGCUGGAUCAACACCGUGGAGGGAUCAUGUAUAACCAGGAGCUCUGUGACCUGUGAUGAGUGUCUGCAGCUCAGUCCUCACUGUGCCUGGUGCACACAGGAGAAUUUUACAAACUGGUUUUCAGCGACAGAGCGAUGUGACACGCUGGAUAAGCUGCUGGAGAAAGGGUGUGCCCGUGAACGUCUCCUGUUCCCCAUUUCUGAAGCCCAAAUUAUCCAAGACUGGCCACUUGGGAAGAAGACGACAAACACAAACAGCACUCAGAUUUCCCCGCAAAAAAUAUCUGUCAAGCUUCGACCGGGGAGUGAGGUGACUUUCCAGGUUCAAGUUCAACACACAGAAGACUAUCCUGUGGACAUCUACUACCUGAUGGACCUGUCAGCAUCCAUGAUCGAUGAUCUUAAGACGAUCAAAGACCUGGGUUCUUCUCUGGCUAAAGAGAUGGCCCACCUCACCAGUAAUUUUCGAAUGGGCUUCGGCUCUUUUGUGGAGAAGCCUGUCCUUCCUUUCAUCAAAAUCUCAGAGAAAGAUUUGGCCAACCCCUGCAGUGACUCGUCAUUGGUUUGCCAGCCAACGUUUGGAUACAAACACAGCUUGUCUCUGACAAGCAGAACGGAUAAGUUUAACCAGAUCAUUGCUAAGCAGCUUGUGACUGCAAACGUUGAUAUUCCUGAAUGUGGCUUUGACGCCAUCAUGCAAGCAUCUGUUUGUGGGGACAAGAUCGGCUGGAGGAACAAUUCAAUGCGUCUGCUGGUGUUUGUUAGUGAUGCUGAUUCACACUUUGGAAUGGACAGUAGGAUGGCUGGAAUUGUGAUUCCUAAUGAUGGGAAGUGUCACCUGGAUGUUAACAACGAAUACUCCAUGUCCACAGUGCAGGAGUAUCCAACACUCGGCCAGCUGAUUGAUAAAGUGGUAGAAAACAACAUCCUGCUGAUAUUUGCUGUGACAGAAAAGCAGAUAAAAAAUUACAAGAACUAUGCGGAUCUCAUACCUGGUGCUACCGUUGGAGUCCUGGAGGCAGACUCGAAGAACAUCCUGGAACUGAUCGUGACAGCAUACAAAGAACUGCGAUCUGAGAUUGAACUGGAGGCUCUUGGAGACACAGAGGAGCUGCGCAUGUCCUUCACAACCAUUUGUCCAAACGGUACCGUGUUUCCUGAUCUAAAGCACUGCUCCAACAUCAAACCAGGAGAGACGGUGGUGUUUAACGUGUCCAUAGAGCUACCCAGAUGUCUGUCAGGAGUUCGGCACUAUAUCCUCAAGCCGGUGGGACUGCAGGACAGCUUGGAGGUAGAAGUGGAGUCGCUUUGCUCCUGUGACUGCCAGGAACCUCCUACAUCUGACAGCAGCCAGUGCUCCGAGGGCCAAGGAGUGUUCCACUGUGGCAUGUGUGUGUGUCACCCAGGCUUUCUGGGAGCCCAGUGUGAAUGCAAUGAGGAGAGUGUAUUGUUGAGUAAGUGCCUCGCGACCAAUGACUCUGAGUUAUGCAGUGGUCAGGGGGACUGCUAUUGCGGGAAGUGUGUGUGUCAUGCAUCCAGCUUUGGUCGCAUCUAUGGACCUUACUGCGAGUGCGACAAUUACUCCUGUGUUCGUUUCCGCGGGGAACUCUGUGGAGGUCACGGCGUGUGCAGCUGCGGGGAGUGUCACUGUGAAAGCGGCUGGACGGGGGAAUACUGCAACUGCAGCAACAGCACUGACACGUGCAAGUCUGAGGAUGGCAGCCUCUGCAGCGGCAGGGGCACAUGCAAGUGUGGCCAGUGUGUGUGCUCGGUUCCUGGAGCUUCUGGGGAGAAAUGUGAAAAGUGCCCCACAUGUGGAGAGUCCUGUGCCUUUGCACAGUCUUGUGUGGAGUGCCAUGUUCAAAAAACUGAUAAUACUGAGUCGUGUGAUCAAAAGUGCAGCGCUGCUAAAGUUUCCAUCAACAGAACAGCAGAACAUGACAAAAGCUCUUCCAUACCGUGCAUAGUGAUGACUGAAAAUCAGUGCUGGGUGUCCUUUAAUGUAGGUGAAAGUGAGAUGGGGACCACCGUCUAUGGUCUUCAGAUGUACGGAUGCCAUGAGAAUCCCAAAAUUAUGGGAAUUAUUCUGGGUGUCACCCUUUCUGUUGUGUUAAUUGGUGUGUUACUGCUGGUGGUGUGGAAGGUGCUGGUGUCGGUCCAUGACCAGAAGGAAGUGGCCCGGUUUGAGGCGGAGCGGGCUAAGGCAAGAUGGCAAUCAGGGACCAACCCUCUGUUCAGGAGCCCAACAUCGACAUUUAAAAAUGUAACUUAUAAGAACACGAACAAAGUAAAAAUUAUAACGGUGAAUCACUACUGAUUAUGACUGGAAGGCAAUGCAAAAAUUAUCCGAGUGCACUUGAAUGAGUGUGUGUGUGUGUGUGUGUGUGUGUGUGUGUGUGUGUGUGUGUGUGUGUGUGCGUGUGUGUGUGUGUGUGUGUGUGUGUGUGUGUGUGUGUGCGUGCGUGCGUGCGUGCGUGAGAUUUUUGUUUGAAUCUCUGUGUUAGUUCAGACUUUCAACACAGAGCUGUGAAGAGAAAAACAUAAAUUAAUGAAUUUUCUGCUAUAAAAGUGCACUGCUGGUUUUCUACUGUAAGAAAUGUCACCCCUGCGUGACUCAAAACAACGGUUUGUGUCCUGUGAUAUCCAACAUGGAAAGGAUCAAUUGAAACAAGUGGAUGACUACUGAAAGAAAAAUAAGAUUUAUUCACAUGUAAAUAUAUGUAUUUUAUGUUUCACUUAUUAUUAUUUGUGUUUGUUUUAUUGAAAAGAGGCUGAGCCUUUAAUGAAAGAAUAUGUUGUGUUUUAUUGGUGAAUGACACAAAACUAAAAAAUAAAAUGUCCAUUGUGAAAUGA